AUGAUCGCUUAUGUGCAUCUGAUUGUAUUCGGCAUGUUCGCCUGGCAAGGCUCUGGUGGACUCGCUGCUUUGCAUGUCGCUUAUGUCAGAGCUGUAAUCUAUAAUCCUCAUGCACAAGUCCAUCACUUCCAAGCCUUCAGAUGGACAUGCUGGAGGUCGGCAUUGCGGUCCUCGACUGGCCCAUGCUACAAAUUUUACCGCAUGUCCAAGAAACUUCGACCGUUGGCGGAUAACCGAAACAGCGGACAAGGAUACAGGCCGCGGCUACGCGGCUCAUGCAAGCCUGCGUUGCUCAUGCGAGGUGGCGGACCGCCUUUUCACCUCAUGACUGUACACUGGAUCCUCAAGAAAGGUUUCAUUUUCCGUGAAGUGCCCAAGGGACAUUGGCAGGUCUUGGGAUCUCAUAUCAAAGGCAGGGAAGCAAGCAGGCACAACGCGCUGAAUAAUUGCCGAAGAUCCUUGCGCAGAUCUUCGAAAGGGCGUUUGAGUAGGACAUGCACGCUGCAGUACAAGAGCAGCGCAGUAUUAGGUCGGAUGACGCUGCUAGAACUGUGGUAUCAAAGACUUUACGUACUGUACACCUGUACCGCAGCCGCCACAGCCGCGCGCUUGACCGCUUCUCUUGCCAGUGCUUUGGGCCCGUUACCCCGCUACCUUGGAUGUAUUACCUACUGUAGUAUCUCCGAGCCGCAGCGUCAUACUCGUCAGGAUAAUGGCACUUUAGAAUCGAUCGCCAAGCGGGCGUCAUGUGGCAUUGAAAUGAGAUGGUGGCGCUCACUGAACGAAUAA